AUGAGCUCUGAAACCGCAGUCGCGCGCCUUGCCCGCAUCGACGUGGGCGGGCCUGCGCAUUCUGCUCCCAGUGGUGACUUCGGUCUCAUCGGUUUGGCCGUCAUGGGCCAGAACCUGAUCAUGAACGCGGCUGAUCACGGCUUCACCGUCGUUGCUUUCAACCGAACCGUCUCGAAAGUCGACCGGUUCUUGGAAAAUGAGGCCAAGGGCAAGUCCAUUAUUGGCGCCCACUCGAUACAGGAGUUUGUACAGAAGCUCAAGAAACCGCGAAGGAUGAUGAUGCUUGUCAUGGCGGGCAAGCCCGUCGACGACUUCAUCGAGCUGCUCCUGAACGAGGGCGGUGUUGAGGAGGGUGAUAUCAUCAUCGACGGUGGUAACUCCCACUACCCGGACACCAACCGCAGGACAAACUACCUGAAGGCCAAGGGUAUCCGCUUCGUCGGAACCGGCGUGUCUGGCGGCGAGGAGGGCGCUCGUUACGGCCCUAGCAUCAUGCCGGGUGGUAACGAGGAGGCGUGGCCGUACAUCAAGGAUGUGCUCCAGAGCAUUGCUGCUAAGAGCGAUGGCGAACCCUGCUGCCAGUGGGUCGGUGACGAGGGUGCUGGCCACUACGUCAAGAUGGUCCACAACGGCAUCGAGUACGGUGAUAUGCAGCUGAUCUGCGAGGCGUACGACAUCAUGAAGCGCGGUCUCGGUCUGUCGAACAGCGAGAUGGGUGACGUCUUUGACAAGUGGAACCACGGCGUUCUCGACUCUUUCCUCAUCGAGAUCACCCGCGAUAUCAUGAAGUUCAAUGAUGAUGAUGACACCCCUCUGCUUGAGAAGAUUCUCGACUCGGCCGGUCAGAAAGGUACCGGCAAGUGGACUGCCAUCAACGCGUUGGAUCUCGGCAUGCCUGUCACUCUGAUCGGUGAGGCCGUCUUCGCUCGAUGCCUCAGCUCUCUGAAGGCCGAGCGCGGCCGCGCGGCGAAGAUCCUUGAUGGACCGACACCGAAGUUCGAGGGCGACAAGCAAGAAUUCCUCGACAACUUGGAGCAGGCUCUCUAUGCCUCAAAGAUCAUCUCCUAUGCCCAAGGUUUCAUGCUGAUCCAGAACGCCGCCAAGCAAUACUCAUGGAAGCUGAACAAGCCAGAGAUCGCACUUAUGUGGCGUGGUGGCUGCAUCAUCCGCUCAGUCUUCCUGAAGGACAUCACGAGCGCCUACCGCAGCAACCCCGACCUCGAGAACCUCCUGUUCGACGACUUCUUCAACAAGGCCAUCCACAAGGCGCAGCCUGGCUGGAGAGACAUCGUCAGCAAGGGUGCUCUCUGGGGUAUCCCCACUCCUGCUUUUAGCACUGCCUUGAGCUUCUUCGAUGGGUACAGGGCGAAGGAUCUCCCAGCGAACUUGCUGCAGGCUCAGCGUGACUACUUCGGUGCUCACACCUUCAGGAUCAAGCCCGAGUACGCGAGCGAGAAGUACCCAGAGGGCAAGGACAUCCACGUCAACUGGACCGGAAGGGGAGGCAAUGUGUCCGCUUCCACCUACACUGCGUAA